AGCACCCCCGACUCAAAACAUCUUCCCACAGCUAUGAACAGACACAUUUAAAUUGUUCAUUGUAAGUAGGCCUAACUGUUAUUUUCCUUCUUUCUUUCCCAAGCUGUCUAUUCCCACUUUCAGAAAGCACCCAGGUAGGCUACUGCUGGACAGGUGAGACCAGACCAUGGCUCCUCUGACACCUCCUCCCCUGUUGUGGUUAUGGCUGACCCCUGUCCAUCCCGCUGGGUAGCUGGGAAAGAUGCUCUAUCAUUAAUGACCUAUCUCAUCCAGCAGCCCAACCAGGAGACUGACAGGACAGGAUGGACUAACAUACUCUUUAGCCCUUCUCAGCUCUUACAACAACUACCUCCCCAACUCCAGACCAUUACACUACACUACUCUGUUACUGUGCUGUUCUGUUUGUAUCACUCGCAUUGCCACCAGGACAGUGCAGCUAGGCUUUAGGCUGGACUGUCUGUCAGCAUGCACACGGCCAAGGGAGGGCCUGGCCCCCCACGCUUCCAGGACAUCUAUGAAUUCUCCCUGGAUGGUGACGAGACCACAACCCAGAUCUUUCUGCAUAGCCCGGGGAAAGCCAUGGAGGGCCCGGGAAUGCCCCUGUCCCCUCACUACAAGUACAUUCAGACUGAGCACCAGCAGGGGGGUCUCUUCUCCCUCGGGCCCCCUACCCAUGGAGAGGCCCUCGCGGCCCCCCAGGGAAAGAAGAGGAGGCGGUGCGGCGUGUGUGGCCCCUGUAUGCAGAAGGAGAACUGUGGCACCUGCAGCAACUGUAUGAACCGUAAAAUUGGGAAGCAGAUCUGUAAGCUGCGUAAAUGUGACCAGCUGAAGAUGAAGGGACAGAAGGACUGGGAGACUGUUUCGGACGCUCGUUCAGUGGAUGGCCCCAGAAGAGGAGGCCAGAUGGAAACUGGGUCACAUGACCGCCUCGAGGAAGGCGGUUUGCUGAGGCUGGAACCGACCAAUGGGGUGAGCCAACAUCCCAGGGACACCCAUGAGGAGGGUGGAGCUGGCCUGGAGCCCCAGAGGGAGCCCCAGCGGUCAAGGAGUGUUUCCCCAGGACAGGGCUGUGUACCUGGGCACAGCAAAGCCACCCAACCCCAUCAGCAGCAGCACUGCAAUGACUGGAGCAGUAGUGGUAGGACUCCUGGGAAGCCUGUCCAUGAGGCAGACAUGGAGGUUGCACGCAACCUGGUAGCCUUCUCAGCCAGCGUGAGUGUUGGCUCCCUGCCCCCCUCAGGUCACCUUGAGCCCCAGUCCCACGCCAUCCAGCUGUAUGAGAAGUUCAACCAGGAGAUGGGCACUGGCGAGGGGGCCGCGGCUCAAGACAGACUCCAAGCCCCAGAAGGGGAAAACCAGGCUAGCCCCCCAGAGGACCUGAACACCCUGCAGAAUGCCCUGAGCCAGGCGCGCCACGGCCACAAGCCCCCCAACUGUGACUGUGAUGGGCCAGACUGCCCAGACUACCUGGAGUGGCUGGAGAAGAGGAUAAAACAGACACGGGCAGGGGAGGAGCGGGACAACAACACGCCCUGCUCCAAGAUGACCACUGAUACACCGCCUCAUCAACAGCCCCCCCACCCCCAACCCCAUGUCAAUGGAGGUAACCCUCCCUCCGGUCCACCACUACACCCACAUCGACAGGGCCAACACCCAGCCCCUAUCAACUGCUCCCCUCAGGUCCUCUUCAUCGCCAAGGAGAAGAAUGUCAGUCUGCAGACGGCUAUUGCCAUCGAGGCCCUGACCCAGCUAUCUGCCACUGUCCCCCAGACCGUGGUCCCUCCUGCCCAGGCCUCCUCCACCAGCCAACCUCAACACCCCCCUCUACACCUCCAGCACGGCACCCGCCUGAACCCCUCCUCCUCCAACCCCAUCUCCUCUUUGUCCUCCUCGCGUUCACAAUCCGUCCCUCCUGGACUAUACCCCCAGCCCCAACAGAGCCCUGUGUCACGGGAGCAGCAGCACAGACCCCAGUCCCAUGGUCAUCCGGCCCACGCCUCCAAUCUUCCGUCCUCCACUUCACCCUUCCCCCGGCAGCCCGACGCAGGCAGCCUCCUGCCUCACCACCAGCAGUGGCAGCAGCAGCAGGACACUGGGGGAUCCCAAGAGCAGAGGAACCAGUGGAUGAACUCAGAUUCCCAGCAGCCUCGCUUCGCCCCUCCAUCCGGUGGCCACAGCACUGGCGACCCCAUGUCCGAGCUCAAACAGCUACUGGGGGACUCCAGCGGAAAGUACAUAAGUGGUCCCUUCAAGUUGCCCGUCCCACACCACCACAUCAAGCAGGAACCAGGGAUGCCUCGGGUCAAGCAGGAGGUAGACUCCGGGGAGUACCAGAGCUCUGCCUGCGCCUCCAUGGGGGGCUGCUACAGCUUGAUGAAUGGCCAGCAGCAGCCUAGGUACCCUGGUCCUCCUCUCUCCCCGGGCAGCGCAGCCAUCCGCCACUCCACCCAGACAGCUCUGCAGCAGCACCUUCACCACAAGAGGAACCUCUUCUCCAACUCUCCCGGCCUCCCAGGCCUCUGCCCUCUGCGUCCCGCCAAGGCCUGCCAGAACCUCCGCAAGUGGUGGCCCCAACAGAUGGGCCCCGAGGGCCACCCCGUCCCCGUGGCCAUCAAGCAGGAGACCAAGAGGAGGAAGAGCACAGCGGGGACAUCUCCGCUCCUCAAGCAGCACGCAGGGGGUGGGAUGCUGCUCCAGCCAGGCCCCAAACCCAAGACGAUAGUCAUCAAGAAGACCAAGCAGAAGGUCUCCCUGCCAACCUUCCUGCCUCACAGACAGAUCUCCAUACAGAAACCGUCUCCCCUCACCAUUACCGGAGCCCUGCCUCUGGCCAGUGCCCACCCAGGUUCUCUCCCUACCUUCCCCCUCCUCAGUAACCCCACUCAGGCUGCCACAGGCCUCCCUGCCCCAGCCCAAUCUCAGGUAUCCAUUUUAAACUCUUCUAUUGCACCCUCUGUCGCUGCUUCUGCCUUGUCUGUAAACACUCCAGACGUCUCAACCCCUCAGCCUCUCCCUGUAGCCCUGGACAUCCCAGCAAGCUCAGCGGAGGCCAGCGCCACACAGACCUCCACCACCUCUCAGUCCAUACCAGGGCUCAGUUCCCUGGACCCCAAGUUCGAGGAGCUGAUCUGCCAGUUUGAGGCAGAGUUCGGGGACAGUUCAUCCUCUGCCCCAGAGCCCUGCCCUUCACAGAGCCAGCCCCAGGACCAAGACCCCUCAGCCUCAGCCCAGCCCGUGGUGACAGAGUCUCAGCCCAAAGUUAACUCAGGACAAGCCAGGCCCCCAUCACCAUCCAGCGCUACCAUCACUCAGUCCUCCAGCGCUGCUCCAUUAGCUCCUACCACAGCCCCACCUGCAGACAAGGAGGAGUCGGGGAGUAUGAGUAAAGUAACCUCCACCACACAGCCCUCCACUGAGAGCCCCAUGGAGAAGAAGCGGGAGGCAACCAAGCUGCCUCUCUCCCCGUCCCAGCUGCCCAAACGCAUGAAGAUUGAGACCAAUGGGAACGUAGCUGUCCUCUCCACCACUGGAUUAUUCUCUGAUGGGGGCGAGGACGACACCCCCACUAAAGACGGAUUCCCCCUUAACCCCUCCCUAAAAGGCUUCCUUGAGUCUCCACUACGCUACCUGGACACGCCCACUAAGAGCCUGCUAGACAUGCCCGUCAAGGACCUCCAGGCUGAGUUCCCCACCUGCAACUGUGUUGAGCAAGUCCUGGAGAAGGAUGAGGGUCCGUACUACAAUCACCUGGGCUCCGGGCCCACUGUGGCCUCCAUACGAGAGCUGAUGGAGACCAGGUAUGGAGAGAAGGGAGAUGCUAUCCGUAUUGAGAAGGUGGUCUAUACCGGCCGGGAAGGCAAGAGCUCUCAGGGAUGUCCCAUUGCCAAGUGGGUGAUUCGUCGGGGCAGUGAGACAGAGAAGUUGCUGUGUCUGGUGCGUCCCCGGCCAGGUCACCACUGUCCCAACGCUGUCAUCAUCAUCCUCAUCAUGGCGUGGGAGGGCGUGCCACGGGCGCUAGGCGACAAGCUCUACCGAGAGCUCUCCGCCACCAUCACCAAGUUCGGCAACCCCACCAGCCGCCGUUGUGGACUCAACGACGAUCGUACGUGUGCGUGCCAAGGCAAGGACCCUGACAGUUGUGGAGCUUCCUUCUCCUUCGGCUGCUCCUGGAGCAUGUACUUUAACGGCUGCAAGUACGCCCGCAGCAAAACACCCCGCAAGUUCAGACUGGCAGGAGACCACCCCCAAGAGGAGGAUCAACUCAGGGAUAACUUCCAGGAUCUGGCCACUGAGUUGGCUCCCCUGUACAAGCAGCUGGCCCCACAGGCAUACAAUAACCAGUGUCAGAAUGAGGUGACGGCUCCAGACUGCAGGUUGGGUCUGAAGGAGGGCCGGCCCUUCUCUGGUGUCACCGCCUGCAUGGAUUUCUGUGCCCACGCUCACAAGGACCAGCACAACCUCUACAACGGCUGCACUGUGGUGUGCACUCUGACUAAAGAGGACAACCGUACAGUGGGGGAGAUCCCAGAGGACGAGCAGCUCCAUGUACUUCCCCUCUACAAGGCCGCCCUCACAGACGAGUUUGGCAGCGAGGAGGGUCAGCGGCAAAAGAUGCGCACAGGCGCCAUUCAGGGGCUUAGCAACUUCCGCCGUGAGGUCCGCAAGCUGCCUGAGCCCGCCAAGUCCUGCCGCCAGCGCCGCCUGGACGCUAAGAACCGCGCCUCGGAGAAGAAGAAGGCCAAGCAGCAGCUGCCAACGCCCACGGAGACGCCGGAUAAGACGGUGAUCAAGACGGAGGUCCGGCACGCUGGCUCCCCUGUCAGACAGCAUGGCAAUAAAGUGAUCCCUAAGCAGGAGGUGAAGCCCACCAUAAAGAAGGAGGCAGUGGACCAGUGCCAAUACCCCUACCACGUCUACCCCUCCCACCCUGGCUACUGCACACGGGGAGGCCCCCCUUCCAAUGGCCAGCCCCCUACACUUCCAGGUCCUGUCAAUGGCUACCACCCCAAUCUACCCUCAGCACUGCCUUACGGCUAUUACAACUAUCCUCCCAACCCUAACACACUUUUCCCCCGUGAGCUCACUUACGAGGGCCGUAACAGCUCCUGGCAUCACGCAGGGCACAAUGCUUCCCCCGGCCCUGUGGACAAGAAGCCAGACAUUCAGAGCCUCCAGGCCAAGCUGGCACACUCCUACUCAGGCCCAGGCCUCCCUGAGCAGCAGCAUGGAGACCCAGCCAACCAACACCAAUGCAAUGCUUACCAACACCCCCACCAGCCUGACUACAACCAAUCACGUCCCUCCUCAGUCUCCUCAGAGCCCUCUCACAGAGGGACCCCUGUCAUCAAGCAGGAGCCCAUGGAGGUACCAGUGUGUGAGGGGGGCAAUACCCAGAGCUGUCCCGACACUCCCAUCCCCACCCAACAGCCUGGAGGGCCCUGGUCCGGGCACAAGCCCAACGGGAGUAUGGUAUCAGGCAGCUGGGAAGGCAACCCCCAACCACCAUGCCCCCUGGAGGCUCCCUUCACUUCAGACAAGCAGCAGGUCCACCAGCAGGGACCUCACCAGACUUCCCAAUCUCCAUACGCCCAACAGCAGCAUCAGUAUCCCCCACAACAGACCUCCCCAUACCCCCAGCAAUGGAACUCUUACCCUGGCCCCAACACCCCCAAGGCCUCCCCUGUUCCCUCCCCGUCACCCUCUCCUUCCCCACACCCCGACCCCCGCCACUGGGACAGCCCUGCUCCCAGCCCUCAGCCUAAGGCUUGCCCCAUGGACAUGGUUCCUGCUGGGUACUGCCCUAGCCCUGCCAGAGGCUUCCCCGACAAGAUUUGCUCCAAAGCGGGCGAGAGUCGGGGCUCGACCCCUCUAGGUCUCCAGGAGAAGGCCUGGAAGUCUUUUGGAGGAUCCAUGGCAGGUACACAGUCUCCAACCCCAGAGGCCUGCUGGGACCCUAACCGGGCUGAGACCCCGAGCGACGUCGAGAGCCAGAGAGGUCGCGACCUGGACGAGGAAGAGCAGUGGUCGGACAGCGAGCAUAACUUCCUGGACCCCAGCAUCGGAGGGGUGGCGGUGGCACCCGCCCACGGUUCCAUCCUGAUCGAGUGUGCCCGGCGUGAGCUGCACGCCACCACGCCGCUCAAGAGGCCCGACCGCUCUCACCCCACCCGCAUCUCCCUGGUGUUCUACCAGCACAAGAACAUGAACCAGCCCUGCCAUGGCCAGUGGCUCUGGGAGGCCAAGAUGAAGAUGCUGGCGGAGCGGGCUAGAGAGAGGCAGCAGGAGGCAGCACUACUGGGGCUGCCCUACGAGGACAUCAAACCUGGGAAGAAACGCAAGUUGGGGGCCACGGCAGGAGGGGCCAGCCCAGGUCCUGGCCAGACCACGGAGGGGCCAGUGAUGGGGAUGGCGACGCGGUUGGCCUCCACCCACCACACCACCUCCACGGUCACUGUGUCCCCCUAUGCCUUUACCACCCUCACUGGGCCCUACAGCCACUUUGUGUGAUGAUGAACAGACAGACGGACACAUAGGCUGGUGGAGGGAGAGCGGGCUGAGCAGACAACCCCUCCUUUAGUCCUGUGUAUCUCCAUCCUCCUCCUGCUCUGUUUUCUCACUCUGGUGCUCUGGGCUGGAAGGAGGGGGACUACUGGUUUGAAUCCUCGUUUUGUUUUGUUUGUUUUUUACCUCAUGUCAGGCAGCAGUAUGUGCCCGACCCUGGACCAGACAGACACACUGCCUGUGGUGCUCUUUCUCUCUCCUCUGCGGGAGGGACUCCAUUGCUUCUCCUUCUUCAUAGAAUUUUAAUGAUCCUCCUAAUUAUUACUAUUAUUAUCAAUAUUAUUACGAUUGUUAUUGUUACUGUCAAUGUUGUUAUUACAGGUAUUAUUAUUAUUAUUAUGAAGAUGCUGAUUUGAUUUGUUUGUUUAUUGAUGUGGUUGUUUUUUCAUGUUGUUAUUAAUUAUUAUUUUGUUUAUGUUGUGUUUUUUUUACCGAGGGGUCUGUCUUGCUUUUUUCCCAUAUUUCUGUAAAUCUGCCCUUUUCUUUUUUUUUUCUUUGGCUUUUGAAAUGUUUGUAACUGUACUUGGAGAAAGGCCGUUCUCAGCACUGCAAGGCUCUUCAAGACGGUCUUUCCAACAAGCAUGACAUACACGUUUUACAUUUGAAUCAUUAGUCUUGACCAAAAGAGGGAAGAGAAACCCACAGAAACUUCUCUGAACCAUCCCACAUAGCCUUUUUUAAACCAACUCCUGUCCUGUCUGCCUUGUUGUGAAGAGAAGGGUUCUUCUCUCUCCAUUUUUACUCCCACUGAUCCGCCUCACUCUACUGCUGUGGUGCUUCAUUGAUCUUUAUCCCUUUUACAGAGAUCAUAUCAGUCUCUCCAUUCAUCUCUUCUUCAUGGCACUAGAUGCUGAAUAUAAGGCUGCUCUUAUAGCAUAGAUGUAGAGUGAGAACAACAGGCACUAGAUGCUGAAUAUAAGGCUGCUCUUAUAGCAUAGAUGUAGAGUGAGAACAACAGGCACUAGAUGCUGAAUAUAAGGCUGCUCUUAUAGCAUAGAUGUAGAGUGAGAACAACAGGCACUAGAUGCUGAAUAUAAGGCUGCUCUUAUAGCAUAGAUGCAGAGUGAGAACAACAGGCACUAGAUGCUGAAUAUAAGGCUGCUCUUAUAGCAUAGAUGUAGAGUGAGAACAACAGGAACUAGAUGCUGAAUAUAAGGCUGCUCUUAUAGCAUAGAUGUAGAGUGAGAACAACAGGCACUAGAUGCUGAAUAUAAGGCUGCUCUUAUAGCAUAGAUGUAGAGUGAGAACAACAGGCACUAGAUGCUGAAUAUAAGGCUGCUCUUAUAGCAUAGAUGUAGAGUGAGAACAACAAGAACUAGAUGCUGAAUAUAAGGCUGCUCUUAUAGCAUAGAUGUAGAGUGAGAACAACAGGCACUAGAUGCUGAAUAUAAGGCUGCUCUUAUAGCAUAGAUGUAGAGUGAGAACAACAGGCACUAGAUGCUGAAUAUAAGGCUGCUCUUAUAGCAUAGAUGUAGAGUGAGAACAACAGGCACUAGAUGCUGAAUAUAAGGCUGCUCUUAUAGCAUAGAUGUAGAGUGAGAACAACAGGCACUAGAUGCUGAAUAUAAGGUUGCUCUUAUAGCAUAGAUGUAGAGUGAGAACAACAGGCACUAGAUGCUGAAUAUAAGGCUGCUCUUAUAGCAUAGAUGUAGAGUGAGAACAACAGGCACUAGAUGCUGAAUAUAAGGCUGCUCUUAUAGCAUAGAUGUAGAGUGAGAACAACCGGCAGUAGAAGUCCUCAUCUUCCUUCAGGUGUUGGUUGAGAGAUCCCUCCAGUUCUAUGGCUCCUGUGGGGAUUAGUGAGUGCUUUCUAUUUGAAGCACAAGAGGGCAGCACUGACCCCUGUAAAAUGGUGCACUGAUACACACAGACACUAACUCUCACUUACACACACACACACACACACACACAAAGCUCCUGUCAUCCAGCCAGCACAGCUCCUGUCAUCCAGCCUUACUGCUUUAAACGACGGAAGCAUGGCCGCCAAAGUCUGGUCCUUCCAAUGACCACAGGCAGCACGGGCCACGCAAGCCCUUUAUCCUGAAACCGGAGACAUUGAUGGGAAUAGUGUGUGGACAGAAAUGCACUCCUAAACACACUGGUGCUUUCCCUACACAUGUUGACACACAAAGGGCUCAGUCAGUGAGUCCUGCUUUUGCCUGGUGCUGUUAUUCGUUUUGAAGCAGAGCAAGGUUUGUCUCUAUGCACACACUGUCACGACAGAGCCAGUAAAUCCUUAUUCACCAAUCAUGGCUGCCUCUGCAUUGCUUGCGUGUCAGAGCCAGAGCCUGCUUGGGGCUCACUUUUGAGAUGAGAAAUCUUGGUGCUUAUGAAGUGGUCGAGUUAGAGCUCUCUAUACCUCAACGUUGCCGAGACACUGGUCAUGGUUGCAAAACGCUACAAACACACACACAGGCACAGGUCAGAGGAACAUGAUGAAUAUUAGUCCAGAUUCCCCAUGUGCUCUACAAACUCAUUUUAAUCCACUUUUUUAUUAUUUAUUACAUGAUAAUGAUGAGGAUGAUUGUUGUUAUUGUUUUUUUGUUUUGUUAUAGCUAAUAGAAAUUGUACAUACAGAAGAAAAUAUUUUAUAAAAGCACUUUUAAUCUUGAUUUCAUUGAGAGAAAAAGAGAACAGAUUAUUGACAACUUGAAGCUUACUUUUUUAAACUUUUUUUUUCUUUUUUUUCUCUCCCAAGAGAGAUUAAAAAAAUGUACAUAUUUAAAAUAUUUAGGUAAGAUUAUUUAACUGUUGAGGGAUAAUGACUAAAUCAUAAAUGAUUCCAGGCUUUUUAGUCCAGUCAGUUUGCCAGACAGCCUUUAGUAACAGAAAACAACUCAGUGAUUUCCAAUGUGUUGUUAUGUCUGCAGAUGUAUACUCAAUACUGCUGUCCUGAUUUCAUAAGUACUGUACUACACGAUACCUCUGACAGCAACCAACCAGCCACCCUUCCUUCAUGAGAAAAGAUUGACGUAAUCAGUAAUCAGGCCAUUUAUAAGCCAGAGUAUGAUAUCUAGCCAUUCCACACUGAGAAUCAAUGAGAAACGAAGUAUUUCUUGUUUUUUAACACAAGAAUCAAACCGUUGCCGAAUCAAAGUUGUCAGAAGUGCUUGUAUGAGAGAACUCUAGUGACAGAGGUGAGGUGUAGCCCCAGCAAUCUGUCUUGUCCAUUGUGUUAGACUGAGGUGAGAGGUUGUCACCACCGUAACUUGUUUUUAAUGUGGUAUUAUCAAUGAUAGUGAUUUUAACAGUAGUAAAAGAUGUAACAGUAAUGGAGAACCAUGACAACUUAACACUUGUAGUACCAGACUGAAGGUACAGUGUAUUCAUGGAAGACACCAGAUAAUAACUGGUAGUUUAGUUUGUAAUAUCUUUUGUUGGUUGUAGUUGAUUGUCACAGACAUGACCAACAGGACUUUGACUAAUUUAGGGACCUGGGGAAUAUGGCUAUUCUAUUCCCACCGUAAGAACAAACUCCCCUUUAAUAGCGUCAAUGCAUGAUCGACACACAGUUCUAAUGAUUCAGUCAUAUUUAUGAUCUAUGUAAUAAUGGGUGCUGAUCAUAUAUACUGCAUAUUAAUAUUUUAUUUGUACAACAUUUUUGGGGAGGCUAAUGCUAUGGUGCUACUCCCUAACUUCACUGGGGGGGGGGGGGGGGAGACAUGAUUUAUAUCACUGAUAUUUGUCUGAGCUCUUAGCAUGAUAAGAUAAACUAUUUCUUUGAAUAUUGCAGUUUCAAUGAUGGAACUGCUCCGGUGCUGAUUUAAUGGGAAUUUCCCAUUCAUGUUCAAGGUAAUAAAAAAAAAAAGAAAACUGUUGAAUUGAACUACUCACACAGUUCAUACACAACUUUUGUUAAUCCAUUGUCCACAUAAGAUACUUGAAAAGGGACUCUAUUCUCGCUUUAACUGGUAUGGGGAUUGAAGAAUCAUAUUAUAUUGAAGUGAACAGACUGUUAUCUUAAUUAAAAACUUGGUGCAGUGUAUGUGCUGGAAGCUAUUAUACAUGACUCUUUUGGGUAUGUUGUACAUUUUUAUGGUGAUGGGAGAAUGUUAAGAUAUUGGAACAACGAGCAUACUCCCUCCCUAUGUUUCUCACAGGUUGGCAUUUAUUGAGAUGACUCAUGUACUGGAGGCAGCUCUGCAGGGUGUGCAUUAGCUUGCACAGCCACAAAGUCUUAAAAUCUGAUUUUAAACCUGACCUUAUCCCUAACCUUAACCACACUGCUAACCCUAAUGCAUAAAUAACCCUUACCUAAAUUGAAGACCAAAAAGCAAAUGUUUGUUUUCAAACAUUACUACGAUAUAGCAAAGUUUGACUUUGCAGCUGGCCCAUCUAGCGGAAACAGCUCAAUUCUGCAUCCAGGGCAAGACUUAUGACAAUAAACCCCAACCUGCAUGUUUCUCCCUCAUAGACGUAUUUACUUACAUACUUAUACACUCGCUAACUCCCUACAUAUACACACUUCACAUAUCAAUUUUUAUCCCAUACUUUGUCUCUCUCUCUCUCUCUCACCCCCCCACACACACACACACACAAAUAUUAUCAGGAUGUAUACUCUGCUCUCAGUACUGAUCUUCAUUGAUCACCCCAUCUGCCCACUCUUCCAAGCUGGAAUCAAGCUGGGUUUAGGGUGGACUCAAUCUGGGCUCAGGCUUAUAUCCUGUCCCAAAUAAACAAAACAUCACAUCUGGCAGCUACAUUCCUUUUUGAGUUUAAAGAUUGUUCAUGGUUCUAUUUUUUCAUGUCAAGUAUGCAGUAUGUUAAAAAAAAAAGAAAAAAAAGAUUUGUUUUUGUUCAGUCUCUCUUUGUAGCUGUAUGGUGUACUAUGUGAAUACAUAAUGUAUGUGGUACAAGCCACAAUAUUGUUUUAUGUUACGAGAUAAUAAAAAAAUAUAUAAUAAUAA